UCAACCACGAGUACAGUUAAGAGAUUUCAUAUUCCACCAAUCACAGGCACUUAAAAUCUGAAAUAUAAGGCAUAACACAUGUGUAAAACUCCAAAAGGCUGGGAAAAAAAGAAAGAAACACAAUCAAUGAGAAAAUUCCCGAAAAAUACUAACUGAGAUAUACGUGGAGCCAUACAGAAAAAAGCUGUAUUGACAAAGCAAAUACAAGACAGCAUUGAAGCAGGGUAUAAAAGAGUGAAAAUAGAGCAAAUCCAGAAGAGAGAAACAUAAAAGAAAAUUAAGAAGAAGAAAGGAAAGAUUUCGGCAAAUCCCAGCAUGCAUUGUCUACCCUUAUUCUACCUUUUCAUGGUAACCUGUGACUGUUUCAGAAGGAUUCCACUCAAUAGAAUGCCAUCAAUACGGGAAACUUUGCAGGGGGUAGGAAUAAAGUUAACUGACGUUUUUCCUCAGCCGAGGAUGAAGGGGGAUAAGAAUCCUAAUAAUGGAACAGCUCCAACUGUACUUACCAACUACAUGGAUACACAGUAUUUUGGUGAGAUCAGUAUAGGUUCUCCACCACAGACAUUCAAGGUAGUGUUUGAUACAGGUUCUGCCAACCUGUGGGUGCCAUCGAAACGCUGCUCUCCCCUCUACAGUGCCUGUGUGUCUCAUAACAGAUAUGAUUCCACUAAAUCCCAGACGUACAUGGAAAAUGGGGAAGGCUUCUCUAUUCAGUAUGGCUCUGGGGGAGUGAGAGGAUUCUUGAGCCAGGAUGUUGUGGUGGUAGCAGGUAUUCCGGUUGUACAAGUUUUUGCUGAAGCUACAGCCCUUCCAGCCUUUCCAUUUAUCUUUGCUCACUUUGAUGGAGUCCUGGGCAUGGGCUUUCCUGGCCAGGCCAUUGAUGGCAUUACCCCUGUUUUUGAUCGGAUCUUAUCAGAGCAAGUUCUGCAGGAGGAUGUCUUCUCUGUGUACUACAGCCGGGAUUCUCACCGGAAACCAGGAGGGGAAAUCAUCCUCGGAGGUUCAGACCCUUCUUACUACAAAGGGAGCUUCCAGUAUUUAAGUUUGGAGAAGAAAGGAUAUUGGCACAUCAACAUGAAGGGGGUGUCUAUUGGGGCAGAGGUCUUAUUUUGUGAAGAUGGGUGCUCAGUAGCAAUUGACACAGGAGCUGCUUACAUCACUGGUCCAGCUGGUUCAGUGUCUGUCCUCAUGAAGGCUAUUGGGGCUAUGGAAUUGGCAGAGGGAGAGUACAUUGUGGACUGUGAUAAAGUUUCUCAACUUCCUGACAUCUCCUUCCACAUGGGUGGGAGUGAGUACACACUGAAGGGACCAGCAUAUAUUCUACAGCAGUCCCAGUUCGGGGAAGAAAUAUGCUCAGUUGCUUUCAUUGCUCUUGACAUCCCUCCACCAGUGGGGCCACUCUGGAUCCUAGGUGCCUCGUUCAUAGGACAGUAUUACACUGAAUUUGAUCGGCGCAACAACCGGAUUGGAUUUGCAACAUCUCUCUGAACUUUAUGUCAAGAAAAUAUGGAAAACUUGAAAUAAGGGAAAUAUUCCCUUGGCAUCCACAUAAAAAACACUCCUGUGUUGCCAAACUAACAUCAAUAGAAAAAAACAUAAAAUCUAUCUUUGUGUGUGGUGUAGGAAGUGGUAUUCUUUAAUUAUUUAUACUUGAUUUGAUGUGGUCAUUAAAAGUACUUGACCUCUUAUUACUAGUUACAGUAAGUGUUUUGAAUGGCAGAAUGGCUAGACCACACAUUAAAUCUGGUGUUUGGUUACUGAAACCAAAAGCCUUCCUGUUCAGACAGCACUUCUGUAACUUCACAUAUUUUUACAAGCAAAAAAAAACAAUAAUGAUGCAUAAUUUCAGAGUUGCUUAGUUUACUUUAGUCUCCCCAAUAAUACAGUUAAUUUUUAUGUGACUUUAAUCUUUACACUGCAUAAUGAGAAAUGAAUGCAAUAAACAUAAAAGAGAAAAUAUAUUAUACAAAUAAAAA